UGUGGCGCAGACUGAUGACGUAAGCCCUUCCUCCGAGCCAACAUGGCGAAGAAGCAACGUGGGGAAACAACCUCGUCUUCAAAGACGCCGAAAAUCGUUGAACAGACAGAUAAUUUCAGUUUAAUGCUUACAUCCAGUGACGAUGAAGAGCCCGAAGAGGUGACCUUUGAGGACGCGAAGACUGAGGCUUUACGGAGCAUGAAACUGGCGCUGGACGGAGCCAGAAGGGAGAAGGAGCUGCUGAAAGAGAAGAGACGAAAGAGACAGGAACUGUUCCAGGAGCAGAAGAAAAGAAAACUUUUACCGGCCGACGUGUUGGAGGAAAUCGACUCGGCUCCUUCAAAGAAGCAGAAAGAGUCUGAGGAUGAAGGUGAAGCUGAAGAAGAAGAUCAGGAGGGAGAGGAGGAGAGCAGGAAGAAGAAGAACAGUAAGAAGAUGGCACAUUCCCGAAGUCUGAAGGGGAACUACACGGUGACGACGGUGAGGGAGCGGGCGUCGGCGUCCUGCCAGCAGCAGACGGCUGAAGACUUCCUCCGGUCCAGACUGUACGGACCAGGAAGCUGCAGGACCACAAGUAACGAGCUGCUCUCUCUCCAGAACAAGAAGGGGAAGAAUAAAAGUGCCGCUGUUCAGUUCGUCAAGAAGGACUGGGCCUGUAAAGAAAAAGCCAAAGCAGAGAAGAUGAAGAAGCGGUGGAUCCACAAGCAGCAGGUUUCCUCCUGCUGACCCGACGUCUCCCACAAACUUCACUUCACAGACUUUAAUCCUCGCGCUGCACGAGUCAGACAGAGAAAAAGAUCCUUUAAAACACGUCAACAUGACUCAAUGUGGAAGACGUUCUAAUUCCUCUGUUUGUGGAUUUUCUCAGAGCCUGAACAUGUAAAGAAACGGUACUUUAGCGUUUCUUUGACGGGUAAUAGAUCCUUUAAACGGAAGCGCCGUGGGACGAGCGUCUCUGACAAACGCUCUCACUGAAAGCUCCACUGAUUUAUUUUCUUUUUAAGAGUAUAUUGAUGAACUGUAAUGUUUGUAUCUUUGAGAAAUAAAAACACAACACUGCUCAAAGGUU